GUUAUUAUUUGUUAAUUAGUUUAUUAUUGGUUUGAUUGUGCAAUAUUUGCCGAUUUGUUUUCUUUUUUUUAAACAAAUCAAAAUGGCUAAACAAUUAGCUAUAAAUUUCCGCAAAUCCUCUAGUUUAAUUAUAUUAGCUAAGGAUAAAGUUCAUUUAGAUAAACAGGCAAAUUUUAAAGCUCUACUAUUUAACCGGCAUGAAAAGGCCAGUUUUAUGCCGAAUUCCUCUGUAUUCCCGGGCGGAGUAUGUGAGACAGCAGACGAAACGCCAUUGUGGCAUAAACAUUUCGAAAAGUUGGGUGUAACAAAAGAUCAGCUAAAGCCUUUAACUGCUGUGAAGGGACAAGUAUCGAAUAUUUUUAAAAAUGAUAAUAAGGAUGUGUUGGAAAGAGAGUUAUCUUUAAGAAUAACCGCCAUUCGAGAAACCUUUGAGGAAUUAGGCAUUAUUUUCUGUCGCGAUCGUAAAUCUCUGUCCUCACAAGAUGGCAAAGGUUAUGGUAAUUUUAGAGAGGACUUUGAUCGCAAACAUUGGCAAUCCAUAGUGCAUAAUGAUGCUAGCAAAUUUCUUUCAUUGUGUGAGGAAUUAGAAAUUGUACCUGAUCUAUGGAGCCUAUAUGAAUGGUCCAAUUGGUUUACUCCAUCUACGUUUAAGAAACGCUUUGAUACAGCAUUCUUUAUGGUUGCUUUAGAAAAUAUGCCCGAUGUUUUGCCGGAAGAACAUGAAGUUAAAAAUUUUGCGUGGAAAACACCCUCGGAUUACCUAAAAGCCUAUUUUAACAAAGAAAUCUGGUUGCCCCCACCACAAGUCUACGAGUUGUCGCGCCUGUUAAACUUCACCGAGCUGGAAAAAGUUAAAGAUUUUGCUCAACAACGUUCGUCAGAAGGCAACAUAGUUACAAUGCCCGUACAAUUCAAACUGAAAAAUGGACAAGUCAGUGUUUUGCCCGGCGAUGAUCUGUAUCCCGAAGAUCCCAAUGCCUCUGAGAAAUUAAUACCAAUUGAUAAGGAUGUCAAAGAAUUUCGCGAGGGAGUUAAGAAUAUACAUCGUCUCGAGUUUUAUACUCCCCAUGAUGCGGUAGUUAGGCAGAACUUUACACCUGUUUGUGGACACAUUAAACCACUUAUGGCAAAUCCAAAGAAUCAUGAUUAAAAAUAGUACAUAUUUAAAUAAAGUCUUCCAGUAAUGCAUUUAUUUACUUUAGGAACAAACUUAAUCUAUUGUAUAACUUUUACAAUGAAAUCGUGUUUUUUUAUCAAAUAAAAUUCAUUCGAGUUUAAAUUUUUUUAAACA